AUGGCCUCACAAGACAUUCCUGAUCCCAUCAAGGACUUUAAGGGCUAUCAAGGCUCGUUGUUCAAGUCUUUGGUGGCUGCCACUGCUGCAGCUAACAGCAUCCCUGCGGAGGAGUGGGGUUACUUUAGAUCGCUCGAUAGACAAUUCGCCAAAGAUCUCGACCAAGCUGGUGCUAGUUCAUUAGCUAUCGGUAACGCUUUAUUGCAGCAAUGUGCCAUUGAUUGCGGCCUUACUGUCAAGAGCUUUGACGAUAUCGACGAUGUUGUGGAGAGAUACGGUGCUGCCACCGAUGUGUGCGAUGGAUUAUUAGAAAAAGCUGAUCAUUGUCUCGAUGAGAUCAGCGGCAAACAUACACAGGAGGACUUUAAGCAAGACAAUCCUGAAGUAACACAGAUUGCCACCAAGGACAAAUUGGAAUACAAAUUUUUGCAUGCAAACAACGUCGUUCGACCUCAAAUGAAGUUUAAGGAUCCAGUCAACAACUCCAGCGCAGUGCCAUUUGAAAGAAAGAUCAAAUACAAACCACACGCCUUGGUGCCUCUCGAUUUCACUGUCGUGGCCGAAGACAAGUCAUUGCCUCACCCUUACGAAUACGAGAUUUCACACAUUGAAUAUCCCAAGAGCAUGUUUACUGUGACAGAGCCAGAAAUGUACAAACCUUACGAUACCACUUCACCUACUUGGGUGGAUACAGAGGAGGCAUUGUUGGACAUGAUGAAGCGCUUGGAGGGACACCAAGAGCUGGCAGUCGAUUUGGAACAUCACAACUACCGCAGUUAUCAAGGGUUCACUUGUUUGAUGCAACUGAGCACGCGCGAUGAAGAUUUUGUGAUUGAUACACUGGAGCUGAGAGACAAGCUGUGGAUGCUGAACGAGUAUUUUGCCAACCCAGAGAUUGUCAAGGUGCUUCAUGGUGCGGAUUCCGAUAUCAUUUGGCUCCAAAGAGAUUUUGGAUUGUAUAUCGUCAAUCUUUUUGACACCUAUUUCCCCACCAAAGUGCUCGAUUUCCCUCACCACAGUCUCGCCUACCUUCUCAAGACAUACUGCAACUUUGAUGCUGACAAGAAAUAUCAAUUGGCAGAUUGGAGAAUCAGACCCUUACCCCAAGAAAUGUUGGAGUACGCUCGCUCAGAUACUCACUUUUUGCUGUACAUUUACGACCGUCUUCGCAACGAGCUUUUGGAGAAAUCAACUUCUGAGGACGGUAAUUUAGUCAAGAUCUGUUUGCAGCGAUCCAACGAGGUAGCUCUUCAAAAAUAUGAAAAGGAAGUGUACGAUGCAGAGAACGGCCUUGGCGUUGGCGGUUGGAAGAACAUGUUGGCUAAAUGGAAGUAUGCCAUGAAUCCCCAGCAACUAGCAGUGUUCAAGGCCUUGCACUCUUGGCGUGAUCACACUGCCAGAGGUGAAGAUGAAUCAUGGCGUUAUGUCUUGCCUAACCAUAUGUUGAUGGCCCUCGUUGAGCGUAUGCCUUUGGAUUCAAGUGGUGUUAUUGGUUGCUGUAAUCCCUGCCCUACUUUGGUGCGUAUGAACGCCCAAGCCAUUGCUUACACCAUCCAGCAAGCAAAGAUGAAUGCAUUACAAACAACCAAAGAGGACGGUUUCAAGGAGGAAGCAUCAGCGCCCACAAAAAUGGAGACAUCGACAACGGCAGCAAAGAAUGGAUCAGUGACUACAACGAUGCAGGUGCAGCAAGUCAAGAGAAAGGUGUCUGCUGUGGAUCCUUCCCUGUUUGAUUUGAAAAAGGUCAAAAAGUUAAGAACAGAAACAGCUGCAAAAUUAGAGAAAAAGACAUCUGCUCUGUUUGGUUCUUGCUUGUAA